AUGACUAUCCUCCAUCACUCAGUGCUACACGCUCUCAUUCUCUUCCUCCUGCUGGAGGUAGCCAGCUAUGUCAACGCAUAUCCUGAUAAAAAUCCAAAGAUACGAUUCGAGAAACGAAUCUCCGAAGAAGACAAGCCCGCCAAAUGUCGAUGCUUCCCUGGUGAUGCCUGCUGGCCAACCCAAGAGGAGUGGAAUGCCUUGAAUCAAUCCGUUGAUGGCAGGCUUGUGGCCACGGUACCGAUUGGGUCGGUUUGCCAUGGAAGCGCCACCUACAACGCUGAAAAAUGUGCAAAUCUCCAAGCUGCGUGGAACGUGCCCGAGACACAUACCGAUACAUCGAGCUCAGUCCUUGCUCCGUUCUUCGCCAACCAGAGCUGCGAUCCCUUCUUACCGAGGGAUAGCCAAUGUGUCAUCGGGACUUACGUCCAAUAUGCCGUUGACGUGGCCAAUGUCUCUCACAUACAACGUGCGCUUUCGUUUGCCAAGAAGAAGAAUCUGCGGUUCGUUGUCAGGAACACUGGACACGAUUACUUUGGGAAAUCCACCGGCGCUGGAGCCUUGAGCGUAUGGACGCACCACCUGAAGAGUUUUGACCUUUUCGACUUUACGUCCUCUUUCUAUACUGGGAAGGCGAUCAAAGUAGGCUCUGGAAUUCAGGGCGGGGAGAUUCUUCCCCUUGCCUUCAAGCAAGGGUACGCCAUCGUUGCCGGGGUCUGCCCGACUGUCGGCCCUGCUGGAGGGUUUACCCAAGGAGGAGGCCUCGGGCCAUUGACUUCCAAGCACGGGUUCGGAGCAGAUCAGGUUCUGGAAUGGCAAGUUGUUCUUACAGAUGGAACUUUCGUUACAGCAACUCCAGAGAAAUACACGGACUUGUACUGGGCCUUGAGCGGUGGUGGAGGCGGUGCAUAUGGCGUGGUUUACUCAGUGACUAUCAAGGCCCAUCCAAAUGAGUUGACUACGGCGGCAAACCUUACCUUCGCAAGUACGGGGGCAUCGGAUUCGUUUUUCGAAGGGGUCAAGGCUUUCACCGCCAUUGUUCCUUCGCUUACUGAUGUAGGGGGAACUGCGCUAUGGACAGUACGGUCUGGUGCUUUCUCUUUGGUCCCCGCGACGGCGCCUGGGAUUUCAAAGACAAACAUCGAUGCGCUCUUCGAACCAGUGCUUAAGAAACUGGAGGGACUUAACAUAACUUACUCCUAUUCGUCAACAGAAUUCCGAAGUUAUUAUGAGAGCUACCUGGCGUACAAUCCACCAUCGCUUACUCCUGGAAUCCAAAUCGGCGGGAGGCUCCUUCCCCGAUCAGUAAUCACCGACAAUAUUGACGGGCUGAUCGACACCAUCCGCAGCAUAGUUGGAUAUGGUGCCGCAGUGACCGGCGUCGCGUAUAAAGCUCCGAGCACACCCGAUGUGCCCAAUGCUGUCAAUCCCGAGCUAAGAAACAGUUUGGUUUCCCUACAAGUUGGAACCCUCUGGAACACUACGGACUGGGCAACGAACAUUAAAAACCAGAAUCUGAUUACCAACACACUCGUGCCAUCAUUAGCAAAACUUAUCCCAGGUGGCGGCUCUGCUUAUCUGAACCAAGCCGACUUCCGCGAACCAAAAUGGCAACAGACCUUUUAUGGUGUGAACUACAACACUCUCCUCUGCACAAAAAACAAGUAUGACCCUGAUGGUAUAUUCUGGGGAAAUACCGUAGUAGGAAGUGAGAAGUGGAAAGAAACUGACGAGAAGCGACUCUGCCGUGUAUCCUGA